AUGAGUAAAUCCAGAAGCUUUAUCCAAAACCUCUUCAAGCCUUUCGCACACAACUCAACGAGAGACGAGAGCCAGGAGGAGUUGGAGAUAAUCGCAGCACAAGAGCAGAGACAUUUUUCAUUUGGGGCUCUUGCCGCGGCCACCAGGAAUUUUGACCUAACCCAGAAGCUUGGUGAAGGGGGCUUUGGCCCAGUUUUCAAGGGGAAAUUGAAAGAUGGGAGAGAAGUAGCUGUUAAGAGGCUCUCCCAGAGAUCAGGUCAGGGGCAAACUGAAUUCCAGAACGAGUCAAAGCUGUUGGCACGUGUCCAGCACAAAAAUGUGGUUAAUUUUGUCGGUUACUGUGUGCAUGAUUCAGAGAGGCUGCUUGUUUACGAGUAUGUGGCAAAUGAGAGCCUUGACAAGCUUCUUUUCAAACCUGAUAGACGAGAAUUGCUCAACUGGAAGCAAAGGUAUGACGUGAUAGCGGGAGUUGCAAAGGGCUUGCUUUACCUUCAUGAACAAGCUCCCUGUUCUAUUAUACACCGAGACAUCAAGGCCAGCAAUAUCUUGCUAGACGAAAAUUGGGUCCCCAAGAUAGCUGAUUUUGGCAUGGCUCGUCUCUUUCCCGAAGAUCAAAGCCAUGUUAGCACUCGUGUGGCUGGUACCAAUGGUUAUAUGGCACCAGAGUAUCUCUUUCAUGGCAUCCUUUCAAAAAAGGCCGAUGUUUUCAGCUUUGGAGUUGUGGUUCUUGAGCUGAUAAGUGGACAGAAAAAUUCGGCUUUUAACCGAGAUCCUGAUUGCUAUAGCCUUCUUGAGUGGGCAUACAAGAUGUACAAGAAACAGAGGAGCCUGGAAAUAAUGGACCCCACACUGGCGUCGUCGGCCGAUCACGAGCAGAUAGAAUUGUGGGUGCAGAUAGGUCUGCUUUGCGUCCAAUCGGAGGCCCAAUCACGACCGGACAUGGAUCGUGUUGUUAUGAUGCUGUCGAGAAAGCCCAGCAAUCUUGAGGAUCCCAUUCGGCCUGCAUAUGCUGGGUCCAGAUACAGAAGACAAAUUGGGGGAAGUGGAUAUACGGUUACAGGAACAUCUGAUAGGUCGAGUUCCGGGUCGUAUGGGUCCACAGCUUCUCGGACUGCUACAUUGACUACGAGUGCAUCGAGCUUUACUGGCCUCGGUUUAGAUCCGCAUGGAAAGCGCCCUAUCAAAGAUUAG